AGGAUUUGAAUUCACAAAUAGUCAAACAUCAAAAGAAUAAGCUGAUAAUAAUACAUUUGAAAAGAGGUCAGGUAUAUUUUUGAAAACUAGGAGAGUUAAAGUGUUUUUGCAAACUUGGAAACAAAGCAUUAACAAUAUUUUACUUGAUUAGGAAUUUUGUUCAGGUGAGUAUAACUUUAAGCAUCACUUAAGUUUUGUUGUUUGUUACUUUUAGAAUAUCUGAUCUGGACUUCUGUGGAUUUAUGGAAGGGCUGGGUUUAUUUCUCUAUCCUGUGGUGAGGGGCCAACUUUGGUUUUGUAUGCGGAGUAACUUGACCUUCAGUUUCUUUGGUCUGAGAACAAAGGCCAAAAAAUAUGUAACAGUUAAUAAUAACAGAGGAUCUGACGAACUACUCUCAGGCAGUGUUCUCAGUAGUCCAAACUCUAAUAUGAGCAGCAUGGUAGUUACAGCCAAUGGUAAUGAUAGUAAAAAAUUUAAAGGAGAAGAUAAAAUGGAUGGUGCUCCUUCUCGUGUACUUCAUAUUCGAAAAUUACCUGGGGAAGUAACAGAAACUGAAGUUAUUGCUUUAGGCUUACCUUUUGGUAAGGUGACCAACAUCCUUAUGCUGAAAGGAAAAAAUCAGGCAUUUUUGGAAUUAGCAACCGAGGAAGCAGCUAUUACUAUGGUUAAUUACUAUUCUGCUGUGACACCUCAUCUUCGUAACCAACCAAUAUAUAUCCAGUACUCGAAUCACAAAGAACUAAAGACAGAUAAUACAUUAAACCAACGUGCUCAAGCAGUUCUUCAAGCUGUGACAGCUGUCCAGACAGCAAAUACUCCUCUUAGUGGCACCACAGUUAGCGAGAGUGCAGUGACUCCAGCCCAGAGUCCAGUACUUAGAAUAAUUAUUGACAACAUGUACUACCCUGUAACACUUGAUGUUCUUCACCAAAUAUUUUCUAAGUUUGGUGCUGUAUUGAAGAUAAUCACAUUUACAAAAAAUAACCAGUUUCAAGCUUUGCUCCAGUAUGGUGAUCCAGUAAAUGCCCAACAAGCAAAACUAGCCCUAGAUGGUCAGAAUAUUUAUAAUGCCUGCUGUACCCUAAGGAUUGAUUUUUCCAAACUUGUGAAUUUGAAUGUAAAAUACAACAAUGAUAAAAGUAGGGAUUAUACUCGACCUGAUCUUCCAUCUGGGGAUGGACAACCUGCAUUGGACCCAGCUAUUGCUGCAGCAUUUGCCAAGGAGACAUCCCUCUUAGGGCUUCCUGUUGCAGCUGUUCCAGGAGCUCUGAGUCCUUUGGCUAUUCCAAAUGCUGCUGCAGCAGCUGCUGCAGCUGCUGCUGGCCGAGUGGGUAUGCCUGGAGUCUCAGCUGGUGGCAAUACAGUCCUGUUGGUUAGCAAUUUAAAUGAAGAGAUGGUUACGCCCCAAAGUCUGUUUACCCUCUUCGGUGUUUAUGGAGAUGUGCAGCGUGUGAAGAUUUUGUACAAUAAGAAAGACAGCGCUCUAAUACAGAUGGCUGAUGGAAACCAAUCACAACUUGCCAUGAAUCAUCUUAAUGGACAGAAAAUGUAUGGAAAAAUUAUUCGCGUUACUCUGUCUAAACAUCAGACUGUACAGCUACCUCGAGAGGGACUUGAUGAUCAAGGGCUAACAAAAGAUUUUGGUAAUUCCCCAUUGCAUCGUUUUAAGAAACCUGGAUCCAAAAAUUUUCAAAACAUUUUUCCUCCUUCUGCCACCCUUCACCUAUCUAAUAUCCCUCCAUCAGUAGCAGAAGAGGAUCUACGAACACUGUUCGCUAACACUGGGGGCACUGUGAAAGCAUUUAAGUUUUUUCAAAGAGAUCACAAAAUGGCUCUUCUUCAGAUGGCAACAGUGGAAGAGGCUAUUCAGGCCUUGAUUGAUCUUCAUAAUUAUAACCUUGGAGAAAACCAUCAUCUGAGAGUGUCUUUCUCCAAGUCAACAAUUUAAAAACGGGAAGAUGAAGAUUGGGGGUGAAUCACAUUGUUCAAUGUCAUCACCUAUUUGACUGUUCAGAAAAGUGGGGACCAGAGUUUGAUUUUUUUUGUUUUUGUUUUUUUGGGGUUUCUUUUUUUUUCUUCCAUGCUGUUAUCAUUCCUUGGUUAUAAAAUGAAAUGGCAUAUGUAAAGGCAGAGUUGUUAACUGCUAUAUUUCAUCUGUUCUAUAGGGAAGCCAUUUUGUCUGUUUAAAAUUUCAGUUUAAUUUUGCUUUUUUUUCUCUUUCAACUUAGUUGACAUACGUGCCUUAAAAAGGAAAACUAGUGUUGCUAUUGUGCAUUUACUAGAAAAAAGGAAUUGGUUGUUUAGGGCACACUGUUAUAUGGGAAUUAAAAUAUGUUUAGGCAGGGGUGUGUAAAAAGGUUAAGUUUUUGUUUCUCCUGCUUGGAACUUAUUUUGAAUUACUGGCUUGUCACCUUUUUUUCUAUUUAAUCAAAUAAGAUACAUGAUAUUGAAAGAAUAAAGCAGCAUUUUUAGUUUUUACUACCUUAGGCUUUAUUGCUU